CGGUUCGAGGCGCGGCCCAACUACUUUUAUCGUUGAAUUUUCUUCUUUCCUAUCGGGUAUUUUCCCUCACUCGCGCCGGUGUUUCCCUGUUUGCGGAAUUAUGUAACGGAUGAUCAGAUCGGAUCCGUGACGAUCGGCUCACGUCGUCGUGAAACGUUAUCGACAUAUCUCUAAGCUACAACGUAAUCCAGGAUUAAUAGCAUCAUUUUUCUACCUCCUCGCAUUGGAUAAAUAUUUUAUUAUCUCGGAAAUUUUUUUAAGUGGACGGAAUGGUAAAUAACAAAGCGUACGAGGCUACUGGUUUCAAUAGCCACAUCCGUAGAUGAGGCAAACAAUUGCUCGGGAGAGUAACGUCUGAUGAGUUAUUGGAAGAUUGUAACGGCGAAACGAUGAGGGGUGUUCUGCUUUUUGGACUGUUCGGUAUAGUCUGCAAUUUGUCCGUUUUCAUCGACGCGGAAUCGGACUGGUGGCAAAACAUGGCAUUGUAUCAAGUAUAUCCUAGAAGUUUUAAAGACAGUGACGGCGAUGGCGUAGGAGACAUUAAAGGAAUCCAGAGCAAACUCGAGCACUUCAAGGAUGCAGGAAUCAACGCGUUCUGGUUGUCACCAAUUUUCACAAGUCCGAUGAUCGACUUCGGUUACGACAUUGCCAACUUCACCGAAAUCGAUCCCAUUUUCGGCACGAUGUCCGAUUUCGAAAAUCUCGUGAAAGCAGCGAAAAAACUGAACAUCAAAGUUAUUCUCGAUUUCGUACCCAAUCACUCGUCCACAGAACACGAAUGGUUCAAAAAAAGUGUCAAAGGGGAGGGUAAAUACGCGAAUUAUUACGUCUGGCGCGAAGGAUCGGUUGUGAACGGAACGCGAGUUCCUCCGAACAACUGGGUAAGCGUAUUUUCCGGGCCGGCUUGGACUUACGUAGAAGAGAGACAAGCUUGGUACUUGCAUCAGUUUGCGGUUCAGCAGCCGGAUCUCAAUUUUCGUGAUCCGAAUUUGGUUCAGGAGAUGAAGGACGCUAUAGUGUUCUGGUUGGACAAAGGAGUCGACGGAUUCCGAGUAGACGCCAUUCCUCACCUCUUCGAGGCCGACGGUUUUCCGAACGAACCUCUUUCCGGAGAAACGAACGACCCGAAGAAUUACGGUUACACUAUGAAACACGCCACAAAGGACAUAGAAGAAUCGUACGACAUGGUGUCCCAAUGGCGAAAACUCCUCGACGAAUACGCCCUCCGAACUGACAACGUCACGAGGAUCAUGAUGAUGGAGGCCUACUGCAAUGUGACAUUCACCAUGAAGUACUACAGUUACGGUGCUCAUUUUCCAUUCAAUUUUGGAUUCGUUUCGAACGUCAACGGUCAAUCCACGGCCAAUGACAUCAAGGUGAAAGUCUUGGACGAUUGGCUGCAGAACGUCCCCGAAGACGCAACUUCAAAUUGGGUGAUCGGAAAUCACGACAACAGCCGUGUAGCGACCAGGUUCGGUUCAAAGCGCGUGGAUGCUAUGAACAUGAUGAGUCUCCUUCUACCGGGAGUCUCAGUUACUUACUACGGCGAGGAAAUCGGCAUGGAAGAUCGAUGGAUGUCUUGGGAAGACACGAAGGAUCCACAGGGCUGCGGGGCCGGGGAAGAAAAUUAUGCCUCGGUCUCGAGAGAUCCGGUGCGAGCGCCCUUCCAAUGGGAUGCGACGGUUGCAGCUGGAUUUUCGACUACUAGUAACACGUGGCUACCUGUGCACGACAAUUACCAGACUCUCAAUCUAGCGGCUCAGAAACAGGCUGAAGUUUCCCAUUACAAAGUGUAUCAGGCACUCACCACCCUCAGGCAGGAGGAUGUCGCAAAAUAUGGAUCCGUUGACGCAAAAGUGAUCGGCGGUAGCGUCUUAGCUUACACCAGAGAAUUGAUCGGAUCUGAGCCCAUCGUCGUCGUAGCGAACCUAGCCGACGAAACGGUGGACGUCAGCCUUGACGAUUUUUCGGGUCUUCCCGAUACUCUUACCGUGUAUACAGCGAGUGUCCACUCGUCGUUGACCGCUGGCGCCAAGGUAUCAAAAAGCAGCUUUCAAGUUUCGGGAAUGGCUGGACUUGUUUUGCGCAGCGAUGCCACCACCUUCACCUCCAGUUUGGUCCUCGUUUGUUUCAUGAUACUGCAGGCUUACCUCCGGCACUAGUGAUUUAUACUCUGAAUAAAAUACUGACUUCAUCUUAUCGUAUUCUCACGUUAUCGCGAGGCGUGUGAAAUACAUUAAGAAUUAAGCACCUUCACAGCUCAACGACUGAGUGAUACGACUUCGGGUAUUGUGGAAAAAGCGAUUAGCGAUUGAACCCCAUACCUCUUCGCUGUUGAUCUCUCGGAUUAGGAUUUUGUUGGUCCGAGAUACGAAUUAAAUUGCAUCAAUCGUCCGAAAGUUAUCUGUUAUGUAACAAUCAAAUAUCGCCGAUAAGAAGAAAAUGUUAUAGACGUACGUGCAGCAAUAGGAUAAGUCACUUACAAUUAGGAUAAAAUUAGAAAAGUCGAUUCUAUACGCAGCAAUGUGUUGAAAAAGUGAUGUAAUUUUUUGAAAUAAAUCUACCUAAUUACUCGACAA